ACUAUGUUGUCAUAAGGUUUCCCUGGUGUGGUGGGGGUUACGUGUCAGCAAUUAUUGCGCAAUUAGGCAAUAAGCACCACUCUAGACGAUCCACGAUCAUCUACUAAAAGGAGCGCAUAUCAUCACUAUCCACCCUGCCAAAUUACAAAGGCGAAUAUUCAAUUCAGCUUGAAAUUCCGAGUUCAUCUCUGAGCUCUACACCACACACUGCAGUGGCAAUUUCUGCAAGUAAAAAUCAGAAGCGUUUUCGUAACCUAGUUGUUUGCUGUUUUGCUCUUAGUGUUUCCCUCCCUCCAUUUUCAGUAGUGUCACUACUGGAGUAAAUAUCACAACGAGGUAUAGAAUAGAAUUGAUUUCCUCUCUUAUCUGUUUCACAUAAGUUGGAUGAUGUGGUUCAGGUAUUGAUAUUUUGUGUGAUUUGAAUUGGAUGAUGAUGUGCGAUAUUGACUGGGAGUGUUCAAUGUUAGAUUGUAAUUUGAAUUGGAUCAUGUGCAAUAUUGACCGGAAGGUCCAAAGUUACAGAUUAUGUGUGAAGCACUUUGUGUUUGGUUGUUAGUUCUGUUUAAGCACCUUGGGAAUUAUUGUGACGAGGUUAGAAGUUGUGCUAUGGCAGAAAGAAACCAUCUAAGCUUGAGAGUCAUCAAUGGGGAACAAGCUACUUUGUCAUCUUUGAAUUCGUUGCAAUCUGGCAGUAGUUGCUUGGCUCGUAAAUUUCUUGCUCCAAGCGAAUGGCAGAAUAUUACAGUUCAUACUGUUACGCAAUUCUCCCCUUCUCCUUUAAUCUCUUGCACACAAAGUAUGCCUCAAGGUGCUACUGUUUCACAAAUUACAGCCGCGAAUUCAGAACAGUCAUGUGAUCAAUCAACAUCAUCUAGUGUCCUGCGAGAUGUACAUAUCUCAGCUCGGUUAAUGGAAGAUUUCCUUCAGCUUGCUAAGGACAACACAGAGAAGGAUCUUGAAACCUGUGGGACUCUUGGCGCCUUUCUUAAAAAUGAAACAUUCUAUGUGACGACUCUGAUCAUACCCAAGCAGGAAUCCACUUCCAACUCUUGUCAGGCAACGAAUGACGAGGAAGUCUUUGCCAUACAAAAUGAACAAUCACUUUUUCCUGUAGGAUGGAUCCAUACACAUCCUUCUCAGAGUUGUUUUAUGUCAUCAGUGGAUUUACACACACAUUAUUCACGUCAGGUUAUGGUACCUGAGGCUUUUGCCAUUGUCAUGGCCCCAACUGAUACUUCAAGAAAUUUAUUGGUUGAGAUUUUUCCAGAAGCUAUGGAAUAUUCCGGCUAUCUGACCCUGGUGGGAUGAGUGUCUUGAAAGAGUGCCAAGAGACAGGGUUCCACACUCACGAAGAAACAGGAGAUGGGAGUCCCAUUUACGAGCACUGCUCCAACGUCUACACAAACUCAAAUCUGAGGUUUGAAAUCUUUGACUUGCGUUGAGGUUCUGUCUGGAAAAUGCACAAAAGUUCACACUACUGACAGAUUAGGAGACAUCCAAGUCAACAUCCAUGACCCUAGUUGAGCCUGGCAAGUGGCAACAGAGCUUGGAUGAGGUUUUGGUACUUUAAUAAUGCAGAAUUACAGAUAAACAAAAUUUUGACAGUGAUCAAGUGUUGUAAUUAUCUGUUAACAUAGUUUUGGAAAGUAGUAUCUGUUCUAGUGGCAUAAGUCUCCGGCUGUUUGUAAGCGGUACGUCCCAAGUUCGACGGUUGUGUAGACAAAAAAAAAAAAUCAUAAAACUAAAUAUAUACAGUUUUGAAAGUAGGAAACUAUGGUUCAUAUAUUGUGUCCCUUCUUUUCAUAGAGCUGGCAAGGCAAUUAUUGUUCUAACUUGUACCUGUUGUCAUUGUCUUUGACUGCACAAAAAUGAAUACAGCAGCAAAAGCAAAGCGUCUUUAUUAUUGA